GUUUUGGAGGCAUGGCGAUCGAACUCCCAUAGGAGUAUGUAAAGGAGAUAAGAAUCAAGAGAAGCGCUGGAAUCGAGAAUGGGGUCAACUAACUCCAGUUCUGUUUUAUUUUAUUAUGAAGAACACUAUAUAUGUUGCUUCAACAGAUUGCAAUCGGACAAUACUGAGUGCCGUAUCUAACCUCAUUGGAAUGUUUUAUAAUAAGAAUAACGCUAGACCUGAUAUAGAUUUCCCAAAUAUCCCUGAAUGGCCAAAGAAUUACGUUCCUGUACCUGUCCAUACGAAUGUAAGCCGUGCUUAUUGCGUUCAAAUUCGACUAGUUUCUAAUUCCAAACUGCGAGAAUUCAUCAGAAAUUUUUUGCUAAUUUUUAUUUCAUUCAUAGAACCUUUUUAG